AUGAAGUAUCAAGUAGAAAGACCCGAAUUCAAGCCAACAACAAUUGAAGCACUAUUUUUAGAACAAUUUACAAAUGAUUGGUUGAAACGAUGGUCACCAAGUGAAGCUAUUAAAGAGACAAAAGGCGGCGGUGAAGUGUUUAGCUAUGUUGGAAAAUGGGAUGUCGAAGAACCAACAGUUUUUCCUGGAAUCAAGAAUGAUUUAGGAUUAGUAGUAAAAUCUGCAGCUGCACAUCAUGCCAUAUCUGCUCUUUUAGAUCAACCUUUAGAUAACACUGGCAAAGAUUUAGUCGUUCAAUACGAGGUUAAACUUCAGAAUGGACUUGAAUGUGGCGGAGCAUAUUUGAAAUUGUUGACGUUAUCCGAAAAGGGAAUUCAAGCUGAAGAAUUUUCGGAUAAAACACCAUAUACAAUUAUGUUUGGACCUGACAGAUGUGGAGGUACAAACAAAGUUCAUUUCAUAUUUAGACAUAAAAAUCCUUUAACCGGAGAAUACCAAGAAAAACAUAUGACUAGUGCUCCUAGUGCUAAAAUAACUAAACUCAGUACUUUGUAUACUCUUAUCGUAAAACCUGAUAAUGAUUUUGAAAUUCGUGUUAAUAAUGAGACUACAAAAACUGGAAAUCUCUUAAAAGAUUUUGAACCUGCAGUUAACCCACCACAGGAAAUUGACGAUUCAAAUGACGCAAAGAAACCCGAUGAUUGGGAUGAGGAUGCACCGUAUGAAAUAGAUGAUGAGGAUGCAGUAAAACCAGAAGGAUGGCUUGACAAUGAACCAUUGACAAUUCCUGAUCCAGAAGCCAAAAAGCCCGAUGAUUGGGAUGAUGAUGAAGAUGGUGAUUGGGUAGCACCAACCAUAACAAACCCCAAGUGUGAGGAAGCUCCAGGUUGUGGUGAAUGGGUUAGACCAAAGAAAAAAAAUCCCGAUUAUAAGGGUAAAUGGUUCCCACCAAGAAUUGACAAUCCUGCUUAUAAAGGUCCAUGGGCGCCAAGAAAAAUUCCAAAUCCUGAUUAUUUUGAAGAUUUAACUCCUUCUAACUUUGAAAAAAUCGCUGCUGUUGGUUUUGAAUUAUGGACCAUGCAAAACAAUAUUUUAUUUGAUAAUAUUUAUAUUGGACAUUCUAUUGAAGAUGCUGAAAAAUUAGCCGAGGAGACAUGGUCAAUAAAAUACGAAAUCGAGAAGAAAGCAGAAGAAGCACAAGUACCACCAAUCGUUGAUACCGAUAAACCAACUUCAUUCACCGAGGAUCCUUUCAAAUACUUACAAAUACACGUAAACGAAUUUAUUAAUAUAUUAUUCGAAGAUCCUAUCGAAGCAGUCAAAACUAAACCUGAAGUUGCAGGCGGUCUUGCAGCAGCAGUUCUUUUCCUUUUUUCACUAAUUGGAAUUUUAAUGAGUUUAUUGGCACCAUCCAAAAAGAAAUCUGGUCUUCAUAAGAAGAAUGAUGAACCAACACCUGAUGAUGUGGACGCUAGCAGGAGAUCGGCAAAGAGACCUCCACAAGACAAUUAA